AUGAAGAAUGUCAACCAACUCGUCGUCGACCGUGCACCAGCGACGAGCAGACUUUAUAGAAACAGCAAACACAUGGGAUCAUCGAAGAGGAAGAGCGCAAAGCCUCCUCCGCAAUUGCGCUCGCGGACGACGAGGAGCAGAGGCAAGGCACUCACCGACCCCGCAGAGAACAGCCAGCUGCUCACUGAGCAGUUGCGUGCCAUGGGGCUGUACGCUGCGCCCACUCUGGGCGACGGAAACUGCCUCUUUCGCGCACUUUGCGAUCAGCUGUACGGCACACCAUCCUACCAUCUGAGACUGCGCCAGGACAUCUGUAAUUGGAUAGAGUCUCACAGCCAGCGAUAUGAGCCGUUCGUCGACGAUGAACGUGGCCUCAGUGUUCAUUUGCAGUGCAUGCGGCAGCCAGCUACAUACGGCGGGCACCUGGAGUUAUCGGCUUUUGCGCACAUGACCCGCCGCGACGUCAAGGUAAUCCAACCCGGGCUCGUAUAUGUUAUCGAAUGGGCUGCAGGAGGCGAUCCCGCCUCAGACCCGCCAGCCACAGGAGAUGGACACCCAAGCUCAUCUUCAUCCACUGCCGCUCCCGCAGCGGACGACUCUGCGCUGAAUGAUCGUGAGAAACGGCGCCUCGCACGAGAGCGCAAGCGCGCAGAACGGGAGCGGGACCAGGCCCCACAAUCUCCUCAAAUGUCGGAACAAAACGAUCCGCCGGGCCCUGUAUAUGUUGCAUACCAUGACUGGGAACACUUUUCGUCUAUCCGCAACCUGCGAGGCCCGCACACUGGUUUUCCCAACGUUAUCGAGGCUGUCGCAUCGGAUAGAGGCUCGUCAUCGCCUGUGACAGCAGUUAAGAAAAAGCCGGUCUCCAAAGCGAGAAUAAAACCCGAAUCUAAGAGGCUCGCUGCAAAGACAAGAGCUUCGGCCAUCGUGGAGGUCGUGGCCAGCGCACCGAGAACGCCAUCACAAGUCCCGCUUCCCGUGUCCCGCUCUCCGUCCCCUGUACCUAUUACGUCUAGAGCGUCUCCGCUCCCGCCUCAGACACUAGUAUCUGGUUCUGCCUCGCUCGAUCUCAGUCGAUCAUAUCGUUCACCGAAGAGGACGUUCGAUGAGUCGUCGGCGUCGUCGCUAGCGCACUCUGAGGAUUCACAGGGCGCAGCGAAACGCGCAAAGGGCUCGUCCCGCGCGCUGCAGGAUACAGCCCACGAGGAAGUUCUACCGGUCGUACCGCCUAGCGCGUUACAAGCGGCAGACAUGCAAGUCGACGAAGAGGACAUUGACACUCCUGAUCUGUCUGUUUCUGGGUCGUCGACUGAGUCGACAAGCUCGCUUUCUUCCGUCCCCUCGCCAAUCAUAUCUCCUGCUCCGUCUCCAGCGCCGAUACCAGUCUCUACUUCGCCGCCGGCAUCUGUUGAGCGACGAUUGACCCGCCGCCAGCGUAAGGCGCUUGGCUUACCGAGACCUCGGGCUGCACUGGUUGCUAGCGCGGCAGCGAAGACAAGGAAUAGCGCGGGAAAGAUCGUCAUUCCCGGCGGUCGUUGUAAGAAGCCGGCUGGUGAGCCUACCACUGAACCCUACGGCGAAGAUGGGGAUGACGAGGCGGCCAGUGCCGAGUGGCGCCGCAACGGAACUGGGCGCGUGGACGUACGUGGAUUUAGAGAGCUGAAGAUCUAG